AACUGUGAAGGAUAGACGAAGCCUAAAAGCACCAAUUCCCAACUUUACUCUUAAAAAAAAAAACUCGACUAAAAAUAUGCAGUCACUACUCUUACCGCCGGCGAGCUCCUCCGGCGUAUCCGCGGUUGCGCUACGGCCAGGUUUCCAGCACUCAUUCAACCACCAAAGCCUCUCUACUCGCUCCCUGCCAUUGUUUAAUCCACUUCUCUUCGCUCCGAAGAGGAAAGCCACCAUCUCUUCACACCAAUCGUCACCGUCUCUGUCCGUCUACGGUUUCCAAAUCGGAGGAUCUAAACCUAGUUUCGCACCAUCCACUGUGGCAUUUUCAUAUCCGACGUCUGCUUCUUCCGUUUCCGGUGAUAAUGAGGUCGACAAAGCAAAACUCGCUCAGGUUGCAAAGAGAUUGGAGAAGACUUCUAGGUACUUUAAGAGGCUGGGGAGUAUUGGUUUUUGGGGGCAGCUUGUGUCAACUGUUGUGGCGGCGGUGAUUCUAUCCUUCUCAAUUGUUGUAACUGGGAAACCUACUUCACCUGCUACUUUCUAUGCAACUGCUAGUGGGAUCGCUGCUUCGUUUGUCUCGGUUUUCUGGUCGUUUGGGUAUAUUCGGCUCUCAGAGAGGCUCCGUCGAACUUCCAUCGACCCUGCUAAGGCCCCGCCUCGUGCUGAUGUUGUGAAAGGUUUGAGGAGCGGGAUUAUGGUAAAUAUUCUUGGAAUGGGGGCAGCACUUCUCGGGAUGCAAGCAACGGUUGGAUUUUUAGUUGCAAAGGCUUUAACAACUUCAGCAAAUCCUUUCUACCAGGGAGUCUCUCAGGGAUACAGCCCCGUUCUUGCUCUUGAUGUCUUCCUAGUUCAGGCAUCGGCGAACACCUUACUCUCUCAUUUCCUUGGCCUUGUUUGCUCAUUGGAGCUGUUGCGGUCUGUGACAGUGCCCAAUUCGGAAUCUGUUGUAGUUCCUAAGGUUGCUUGAGUUUCUGCCUUUUUCGGCCUCACUUCAUGUAUUCAUAAACGUUGAAAGCUGAG